AUGUCAGUGUCACUCCCAUACAUUAAUUGUUUUUGGAUUUCCUCUACCGAUUUUAACUAGUUUUAAUGUCUUUUUCAAUUAAAAACCUAUCAAGAAUAGCGAAGCAAUGUUACAAAACCUACAAAGAUAUGACUGAAAACAGUUAUCGGAAACUGCAGAUGUGCGGUACGGAGGAAGAGAUGCGCGACGUGGCGGCGAGUAUCUGCAGGAACUACCUCCACGGAGCCUGGAAGACGGUGGACCCCUCGGAGCUGGACUUCAAGAGGAUCAGUGGCGGGCUGUCAAAUUUCCUGUACUACGUGGCGCUGCCAGAUGACUUGUCCAAGGCCAAGCUGCGGGAGUCCAUGUCAGUGGAGGACUCCAGCUAUAUGGGUGGCGUCAUGAACAGGUCGUUCUCUGGCGAGGAGCCUAAAAAGGUCUUGCUCAGGAUAUACGGACAGGUGCACGGGCAGCGAGCCAUGGACGCGAUCGUGACAGAAUCUGUCAUUUUCACACUGCUGUCAGAGAGGCGGCUGGGGCCCAAGCUGUGGGGCGUGUUCUCUGGAGGCAGGAUAGAGGAAUACAUUCCUGCCAGAUCCCUCCUCACAAAAGAGCUCGCCGAGCCGGCGCUAUCCAUGAAGAUAGCCGAGAAAAUGGCCGCCAUACAUUCCAUGGACAUUCCGUUGUCGAAGGAACCCAACUGGCUGUGGAAGACUAUGGGAAAGUGGAUCAAGACUGCUAAAGAAGAGAGGCUCACGGGGACCGGCAAGAACGAAGAGGAAAACAACAUUAUUAAGCGGCUAAGAGCUGUAGAUUUUGAGAAGGAGGUGGAAUGGCUAAAAAAAUUCCUGUCAACAGUGGAUUCCCCCGUCGUCUUCUGCCAUAACGAUUUGCAGGAGGGUAACAUUCUAUUACUAGAAGACGUUCACACAGACGAAGAACCAACAUACAGACUACACUCAUACCAAGAAGACAGUCCCAGGAAGUCUUUCGACCCCCUAUCGCAGUACGAAGACGCGAACACAGUCGACUCAGAGUCCAGCCACAUCUCAGACUCAGGGGAACCGAAGCUCGUACUGAUAGACUUCGAGUACUGUGCAUAUAACCACAGGGGGUUCGACAUAGCCAACCAUUUCCAAGAGUGGGGCUAUGACUACACGAACCCAGAGCACCCUUAUUAUUAUGAGAAUCAGGAGAAUCAUCCGAAUUUGGAGCAAAAGGAAAUAUUCAUCCGUGAAUAUCUAAAGCACUACAACUACUACGCGAACGACGCGAAGGACGCAACGCCAUCUAUCGACGAUGUGAAUCAUCUACUCAACGAGGUUGACGCGUUCACGAUCGCGACGCAUCUGAUGUGGUGUCUGUGGUCUAUUGUCAAUGCCAGUAAAAGCCAGAUCCCCUUCGGUUAUUGGGAAUUCGCCAUGACCCGUCUCGAAUCGUACAUCCGGAUGAAACAGGAAGUUAAGAAAGAUAAGUUCGGACCACAGAAGAGAAAGAUCUGCGAGGUAGACAUAUGAGUGCAGUGCGAUACGCUUUCGGUGGAAUCCUUGGACGUUUGAUAUUUAAAUAUUGUACAAAGAGAAUUGAUUAUAAUAGAGAGGUAAAGUCUAAGAAAAACAUGUGCCCCUAAGUUUGACAUAUAUAACAGAUGGCGCUGUACUGCGCCAUAUGUUAAGCGGUCACAGAAUAGGGAAUAUUACGCGAGAUUCUGCGUAGGAGGCGCCACUGCCACUAUCCGUCACAAUCUGGGGGUCUACCGCGAAACAAGAAAAACGAAAUUUCGUUGUCUAACCUCUCUAUCGCUCUUGCAUAUUCGAGCGAUAUAGAGGCAGAUAACUAAAUGUCGAUUUUCGCGUUUCGCGAUAGGCCCUUGUUAACAAACCGCCUUGAUGCAUCAAUGUCAUAUUUUAAUGUGUGUGAAAACUUGCCAAAAAACAGUUUAAGGCACAGUAUGUACUCUAUGGUUUACUAGAGGAGCUAGUGCUGCACUCUGGCGGCAGAACAUUGCAGUAUACUCCCUAUUGUCAAUCAGAGGUACCGCAUAAUGUAUGGUGUCCAGCGUACAGCGCCAUCUCGUUUACCUGUCAAAUUCGAAGCACGAAAUUGUCUUAGAUUUUACGCAUCUUAACUCAAUCAAUGUAUCUUUGAUAGAAUGUACCAAUACCAGUAAGGCAACUUAGCGCCACUUGCACCAUCCCGCUAACCCGGGGUUAAGCGGUUAAACCAUUAACCCAGUGUCGAAUUGUACUGGAAACCAUGGCAACUCCAGGUUUAACCAGUUAACCCCGGGUUAGUGAAUGGUGCAAGUGGCCCUUAGAAAAAUAUACCAAACUGUCCCCGUCUUCGCACGGUUGUAACUAAAACUAAGGUCAAUGUGGCUAAUUCCGUCAUAGGGCCUAUUCCGUCCACUAGCAUUUUUCUCGAACAACGAACAACAUUGAUAAUCAGAGUUCGGACAAUUUAUCGCAAAAACAAAUAUGGUAUGGAACACGAUACAAUUGUUUUAACAAUUUUGAACUGCAGUUUUUGAGUAUAAUGUGGAAAUUUUAUAAAGAUACUGUGUACAUAAUAUGAGUUUAAUAAAUCUUGUCCUAUUUUGACAUAUAAAUGAUUUUUGGUGGUUUUGCGAUGAUUUGUCCGACCUCUGUUGAUAAUUUCGUCAACAAAGCAGCAAUUGCUUUUAGUUUCGGCAAUCAAAAGCAAAUGGUUUUUUUCCUACGAUUGAAAAUCAAAGAAAUAAAUCGUGGACGGAGUAGCCCCAGCCCCUAUAACGGAAUUAUCCACAUUGACCUUAUAAAAAAAGUCGCUGGAAACACCUUGAUGUAUUUAUUUGAAAUCGACUGCGAUAUGUCAACCAAAGCACAUAAUACGAAUAGAAGGGGCGUAAUUUUAUCUUAAUAAAGAUUUAAAACAAAUUACGUCUUUCACAUCUACCAGUUCCAUCCAUUUUCUAUCUCUGGUUUCAAAAUCUGGUUCAGCAGCGCCAUCUAUUGAGAGAAAGUAGUGAUUUUGUCCAGAGGUUUUAGUUCCAACCAAAGAGAAUUUGCAAUUGAGGUGGAUUGUCAAAGUAAAUUUGUAGCCACCAAAAAAUGUAGCCACCAGGGCUCUGAACCGGUUAUUUUUUAAAUCCCAUAACAUCUCAAUAUUGUAUGCUCUUUCCGUAAAACUGAAUCAUGUCAUGUAUUUAGGUAACGACUUCGUAUUAUUAAAUUGACCCAUCAAAAAUGAAAUAAUAAACCAAAGAACGAAAAAGAACGUAAUAAUACCGGUAUUUUUGUAUGAAGAAAAAACCGGUUCCGAGCCUUGGUAGCCACAAAAU